AAGGUUUUGCACGUUUGCGGCAUUGCUGCAGCCAUGCGUAACCAACACCGUGUAUAUCAAGCCACGGCGCGCCCCAACACCAAGCUGCCGCUGAAAACCCUGCUCACGAGCCACCUCCACCUCGUGAUAGCGGCAGCCGUAGAGAGCUACACGCUGGUCACGCGCACGACGCUGCCGUUCGCCGUAUCCCUCGUAGUCAAAGCCUGUUGGCUCUGGGAGUUCCACUUGAGAGCAGAAGAGGCGACCUUCGGUGCCCGCAUCCUCAUACAAUGGUGCUACCACCUGGCCGUCGCCUUCGCCCUGUUGCCGGCGACGGGCGCUGCCAUUAAAUUGGCAGGAGGCUUCACGAACACGACGCCCUUCGCCGACGCCAUCGCGAAGGUCACGUCGCUCGACGGCUACGUGGCGCUGGCGUCCGCGGUGCGCGGCGGCGACUGGGCCUUCCGCGCGCUGCGGGCCCAGAACACAACUGAUACGAAGUGGGGCGUGUUCCUGGCUGUGUGUGCUGGAAUCGAGGUGUCCGCUUUGAGAAAAUGUAGGGAGCGCGCGAUAGAUGUGGCAUGCGACGUGCCGCCGCUUCCCGUCGGUCCGCUCAAGCGGUUGCGCAUGCUGCGACGGCAUUUAAAAAAUGAGGCCAUCGCACCACCCUCGACGUGCGACGCCCAGACGGACGUCGCGACGAUCGCUUGCAUCGCUGGCGUUAUUGCUUUGAUAGAUGGAAUAGCGCGCUUCGUCCGGAGCGGCCGUGGCGCGCCGCGCCGCGCGACGCAUCUCAUGGUGCGCGUCGCCGCGAACCCGCUUUUACCUUUUUUGGGCGUGGCGGCGCGCUGGCUCGACGCCGACGUCGUGCGGCCGUUUUCAAUAUUACGAGUUGCCGUCGGCCUCGAUGCGCUACGCUCAGCUGCCGCCGCGGCGUGGCGCGGCGACGCAGGGGGCGCGGUCGAGCCGCCGCAGCCCUCGACGCCGCCGCCCUCGCCCCAGCGGCGGCGGACCACCGAAGAUCGAAUCCUCCACGGAGUCGACGCUCACCAUCGGUCCUCGGCGGGCGGUAUUUAUGGCGACGUCGGGCGGUCGCCGCCGCGGUCCCCGCGGCGGAAGCUCGUCCUCUAG